GGCAGCGCCGCUUGAACGAAAGUAAUACAAACAUUCGUAGUGUAAGAACUGCUAAAAUCCUCAUUGGUUUCGUAGCGAUAAGUCGUGUUGAAGUCUCGCGGUUUAUAGUGGAAAUUGGAUAAGUGAUUCAUUUAAAGUUUUAUAUGCCUACCUACACUGACGGCUGUUGAACAUUGUUGAGUUGUUGAUCGUCGGACGUAUUCAAACUUACUUCUUUGCUUCAAUACAUAUAAUCAUCAACUCGCCAUCGUGGAGUUGUAGUGGGGGGCAAAAUUCUGCCUCAGACUUGAAGAUCAGACGGAAUUCUCCACAAUACAGCCUUUAUUAGCAGCAUUUUGGGAGCGAAUGGGAUCGUCCGGGUCCGGGGAUCAAGAUCGUUGUCGGCGAAGACGCUGUUCAACCGUUGAAGAUGACGUCGCUAACUAAAGAAACUACACCUACAAUAGCAGAUCAAACUCAUCAUUAUGGGUACAGGAAGAGCUUCAGGACAGCACUUCCUCAGUUUGUGGCUGUGAGCAUAAAGAAUCUACUACUGAUAAGUUAUGGAAUGACACUUGGCUUUCCCACCAUUCUCAUACCCGCCGUGCAAAACCCCAAAGAGGGCGAAAUUUUACACUUGAAGACAUCUGAGAUAUCGUGGAUAAGUUCUAUAAAUUUGAUCGUUGUGCCAAUCGGUUGCGCUUUGUCUGGCGUGGUGACGACGCCGGUGGGCCGACGGCGAGCUAUGCAGAUGGUCAAUGUGCCAUUCUUCAUUGCCUGGCUGAUGUUCCAUUAUUCGACCAACAUUGGCCACUUAUAUGGCGCAUUGUUCCUCACCGGAUUAGCUGGAGGACUUCUUGAGGCACCCGUGUUGACAUAUGUAGCGGAGAUAACUCAACCACACCUUCGCGGCGCGCUUACGGCUACUAGUUCCAUGUGCAUCAUAAUCGGUGUCUUCACGCAGUUUCUCUUCGGCCUUCUCUUGUACUGGCGGACUGUGGCACUUGUUAACAUUAUAUUCACGAUAUUAGCUGUUGUAGCAUUAUGCUUCGUUCCGGAGUCACCUCACUGGCUGGUAUCAAGAAAAAGAAUUGAAGAUGCAAGGAAGAGUUUACAGUGGCUACGAGGAUGGAUCGGUCCUCAAGCUGUUGAAGGAGAGCUGAGGGACAUACAAGCUUUGUUCAAACGAAAAAAAGCGGAAGUAGAGGAUCAAGAAGAAACUUUAUCGGAGAAGAUAUCACAAUAUCUGGAUAGAAGCUUUUUGGUGCCCUUUUUUCUGGUUUCCUAUAGUUUCUUUGUUGGCCACUUCAGCGGGAUGACAACUUUACAGACGUAUGCAGUUUCCAUCUUCCAGAUGUUAGAAGCGCCAAUAGAUAAAUACUAUGCAACGUUGAUUCUUGGCAUUCUGCAGAUCCUUGGGUCUGGCGCUUGUGUACUUUUAGUCCAUUACACAGGGAAGAGGCCCUUAACGUUUUUCUCCACGGCUGCUGCUGGAGUAUGUUGUAUCUUGGUAGCAGGUUACGACGGUUACUUUCAAACUCAUGAUGUGUUAAACAAAACUUCAUCGGAGAUACACAAUGCUACAGUGGGAGUCAACACUAAUAGUUUAGACAAUCCCUAUUCAUGGAUUCCUACAACAUUAUUGAUGUUGCUAGCGUUAGUUACACAUACAGGAAUACGUCUUUUACCAUGGAUUCUAAUUGGAGAGGUGUUUAGCGCUAAAACAAGAUCAGGCGCAGCGGGCCUGUCCAGUGCUGUUGGUUAUAUUUUCGGGUUUCUCACAAACAAAAUAUAUAUCACAAUGGUAGAUUCGCUCUCUAUUUGGGGAACAUAUGGCUUGUACGGAAUUAUUUGUUUGUCGGGGUGCAUAGUAUUCUACUUCAUACUACCAGAAACGGAAGGCAAAAAGUUGAAUGACAUAGAAAACCACUUUGCCGGCGUUAAAAAUCUAUCCAAUAAUGUCUACCGAUCGAAGAAAAACAAAAGUGCUGAAAUCUCACGAAUGAGAGAUUUAAAAGGAACUACGAAUCCAACAUUUGAAGGAGACAACACUAACUUAUAGAAAUGGAUAUAAUAUUAGAUUUAACGAAAUAAAAUAACUCUGAAGACCCUUGAUAAUGAUGUAUUCAAUUAAAGUUUAAUUUUGCUCGCAAUUUACUAUUAAAUAAAUUAUUUUAUAUUACAUGU